ACAACAAAAACAUUAUCUAUCAAUAUUGUAAGGACCUAAUCGACACGAUCCACGAAGAGAAGAUCGCUCUACAAAUGACACAAUAUGCAGCAAACAUUAUCGUAUUCAUCAUCAUCGCCCUCGCCCACAGCCACGCCCAUUAUUGGAAAAGAACAACAAAAGCAACAACAGCAGCAGCAGCAGCAAUCGACUACGACAACAACGACGACAAGGACAGAAAAUCACAACAGAUGCCAUCCAUCCAUUAUAUCCUUAGAUUAUAGCUAUCAUAGCAAUAUGCCGCCAUCGACUUAUUCCCACAUUCAUUCACGCCAGACCACACCAAGGCUGAGCACUACAAUUGGCGAUAUCGAUGGUGAUAGUAGCCAUCAGUAUAAUAGUUUAUUUGGUGAUCCGGUACCUCCUCUUGAGCCCGCGGACUAUUAUGCCACAAACUCGGCAUUCGAAUCGCUGCGAACUGGAGCCGUCUCGACAUCGGUGGAUUUACCUAGCUCCGAGGAAGAUGCCCUUGUGGCUGCUGUGGCAUUGAUUAGCAACGAAUCAUCCAGUGCCAGGGAGAGGAGACUCUUUCCAAAUGUACCAUACUUAUCCACCUCUAGCUAUGGUCGAGGAAGUGGCCAUCGAUUAUCGUCGUUGCCGCAACUGAAGCCACCGGAUAUACAAAUCCUCCCAAAUUCCAGCGGUGGUUCAAGUUCUGACCAAAUGAAUUCACCCAAUUUUCGUUUCUUGGCUCCCGAUGAUAUACUCAAUAAGCCGGACUUAUAUGAUUUGGAGAAGAUCUACCAUGACGAUGAUAUGGCCACCCAAGUAUCGGGGAUCAGUCAAGUGGCCAUGAGUAAAGUCAGUGCGGAAAGAUGCCACGAUGAUAACUGUUCCAGUGUACUUUGCGAUCCCUAUGCCAAUCGUGACUGGUUUCGUCCUGCCACUCAGCAUUUCCCGGAAUUCAGUCGUAUACCGAAAUUACGUCCCAGUUCGAAAAUGAUCAUGUCUAUGAGACAAGAGGAGGCACCGCUCUCCCCAUUGGCCACUAUGAUCCAAGACAUGAAUAGUUCUAGCAGUGGUGGCGAGGAGCGUCUGGGUUUAAGUGAAAUGGACAUAAUACUCUCACCCAAAAGCUAUCUAGAACAACAGCAACGAAGAGGGGAUCAAGGAGUCGAGAGCUAUGCAACACCGCCAUCCUUACCACCACCACCAGCUGCACCACCUCCCUGCCACGAAGCAACCACAAUAAUGCGUGAGAUGUCACCCAUAAUAAUCAAGGAUUCAAUUUCCGUAGGUGGUGAUUAUCGAGUGGAACAGCCACGUCUACACAAGAAGACUGCAUUUACCAUAAUCACAGAACGUUCGCCUCAGUCCUCAAGGGCCCAGAGUCCUAAAGGCCGAAGAACUCCGUCCCCUUCACAACCGCCGCCAACACAUAUUUCACCUGCUGCAAAAAGACACGCCUCCAUACAGUCGACUUCGACGACCUCAUCGUUCACGGCUAAAUUAAAGCCACCAAUAAGAAGAAAAUCCCUCACAGGUUCGCGACUACCACAGCUGCCUAUGGAGAACUAUGGGAGAUCUUUAACCAUGCCGGCGGAUGAUUCACCUCGCCCGUCCGUCCAGUUUAAUAUGAGUGGACGGUAUAAUCGCAGCAAACUGGGUACACCCUCAAAGGGUAUACUGCAGCAAAGAGAUUCGUUGACAUCAUCGAUAGACACUUAUACGCCACGUAAUCAGAGACGCAGCUCGAUUGCCCCGUUAAAAAUUAAGAGCAUGGAGACGUUACCAUUGAUCACAGAUCCCUAUCGAAGUUCCAUACCACGAUUUCAUCAUUCCAAUAUCGACUUAAUUGGACGGGAACCCACAGUUAUACCACCGGGCUCACUGCCUCGUCCCUUGAAGCCAAAUGCGAAUCCCACACGUAAGCAACGUGGACUACUUCGCGUGAUGAAUAGAGAAGAUGCUGCCGCUCGUCUCGCACCCUCGCAUAUCCCGCCGCGUUCCAAUUGGAGCAGCUUAGAUGAUUUAGUGAUGGACUUGGGACAACGUUUAAAACCCAUAAAUCUACGGCUUAGCCAAGCGCAACGACGUCGUUCUAGCUCCACGUCCCCCGAACGUCGGAGCUCUACGCAAACCGCUUCCGAUAGACGUAGCUCUAAUUUAAGUAGUAUUACUGUGACCUCAGAUCUAAGCUUUCGUCGGAGACCUUCACUCGCAACAUUACCCACGACGACGGCAAUGAAUAGAGCACGCCGUAAAUCCAUUCAUGUGCCAGCUUCCGCUCAUCCCAGUCCCAGGCGACAAUCGGUGUAUGGUAAGGAUGCGAAACAUGGAAAGAUUGUCAAGCCCUCCACAUUAUCACCGAUUAUUGGAACCCCGAAUAAGGAUAGUAGUACACCGCAAAGCCCUUUGCAUGGUCUACAAACGUUGGACACCCCAUCCGAAGUAUCUACGCGACGUGACUCUAUAUCCCGUAUACCAAUACGAAGUCGUCCGGAAUCCCGGAUGGAGAGUUCACGUGGCAGUUCGCCUAUAAAGGAUUUUUUAGGCACUUCGGGAAGAACUUCGCGAGCCAGCAAUAGUCGUUCUCCGUCGAGAGCUCCUUCGAGAGAGAACACUCGUACUCCUUCGCGAGCUCCAUCAAGAGAGAAUAUCCGUACACCGUCACGAGCUCCUUCAAGAGAGAAUAUCCACACAUCUCGUGCUCCAUCUAGAGAGAACUUCCAUACACCAUUUCGUGCUCCUUCAAGAGAGAAUUCGCGAUCAAUAUCAAGAGCCUCUACCCGAAACAUAUCAAGAGGUGGCGCAAAUGGUUCUCGUUCCAACUCUCGACUGGAGCAUCACCGUGAAGUAGCCAACAAUUCUCGCUUGAGCAUACAUUCCUCACUCAGAUCAUCAAGUAUUUCGCCAUCCACUUUAACAGCGCAAAGUGGUGCCCGUGGUGUAACGCCCAAUAGACGAAAAUCCAUAUCACUAUCUCCGCAGCGACAAAAACAAACACAACGCAAACCUUCGAGUCCAAAUCGCAGUUCACCGACCCCCAUAAAAGAGCGACGUAAUUCGCGCUCUCGCAUACCCACACGUACGUCUUCUCCCACGUUGACGUCGAAAAAAACCGCGAAUCAUGAUAAUAAAACGAAAACAACUGCCGAUCCAAAAUCAAAGGGAAAAGGUCAAAAAAAGGAAGCACCUAAGCCCAAAGAGCUAGUUAAACCCAAACCCAAAAAUGCAAGUGCCAAAAAAUCACCCACAAAAGGGCCGCUCCCUAAACCCGAUGCAAAAAAAUUGUCAACAGCAAAGACGACGACCAAACCCAAUGGGAAGACACAAGUCCAGAAGAAUGGAGAGAUUGAUAAGACCAAAACAUCAAACAAGAGCAAUGCCAUUAAAUCAUCGACACAGACUCCUGGAAAAAGUAAAUCCACUGCAGAACCCAAGAAAACCUCAACGACCCCGGCGGUGGCUAAGAAAAAACCGAGCACUCAAGCCUCAAGUGGCUCUGAGGUUGCUCCAUUGGCUGCUCAUGUCAGCAAUGCUGUACUCCAGGCAGCCGAAGUUUUACCCGCCGUGACGCACAGUGAGGAGACACCUACAAAUACGAAGAAUGGCCAAAAUCAGAGUGGUAACCUAAACAAGUUGGUGCGCAUGAGUUCGAGACUUAGUCUGCUUAGCAAUAAGAAUCGUGCGGAUUCUCCUCAAAGUCGAAAAGUUGCCGCAGUCGCAGAGAGCAGUCUGCAAGAAGGUGAAGAACCCAAAAGUCAUGAUGCUGCUGCUGCCAUUUUAGAGAAAUCCCAAAAGACUCUAGAAACUAUACAGAAAACUGUCACCGAGGCCACCGAUGAGAUACACAAGACCAUCAAUGAGAAUCUUACCGAUUUGAAAACAUUGGAAAAUGAUAUUGGCCUAGCCGUUGAGAGCGGAACGUCACCGACUCCCAGUGGCGUCACAGUGAUUGGCAAACCAUUGCCGGACUCACGCACAGGCACAGCCGAUGGCAGUAAUGCCUUGGAGAGCGGGACGGAAGUGCAAAAAUCACCUUUGCCACCAACACAACCGAUUGAGGCAUCUGUAUCGGUUGUAAAUGUGGAACAUCCCGCCACUACGUCUAUAUCUGUCGUCCCUGAGGUGGAAUAUGAAAGUGCUGAUCUGAUCAAAGGUGAUAGAACUAAACUGGGAGCCUCUGAAUUCGAUGUUCAUCAUGUGAUGCCACCAGAAAGUGGAGAUGACUUCAAAGUGGACGCCAAAAGACGAUCUCCAGAUGGACAAGGCGGUUCCACUGCAGGCAGUGGUGGCGGUGGCAUGGCCAAAACUGGCAGUCAAGAGGAGUUUCUGGAGGAUAAAGAGAAUAACAACAAUAAUAAUAACAAUGCAAAGGGUAAAAGAGGUUGGUGUCGUUGCUGUUCGAAUCUGUUCAUGUCCUGCCGACGAUCACGUUGCUCCCGCUGCUGUUGCUGUUGUUCACGUAAAGAUGCAGUUGAAGAGCAACCAGUUCUGCUAUCCAAUAGUGCCACAAGUAGUGCCACAACAGCUACAAAUCUGCAAGUGAUUGAUGAGCACAAGCCGACAGCUAAGAAGAGGCCAGCCAAGGAUUGGCUACGCUCAGUGGUUUGUUGUCAAAAUUGUCGCAAGAAAAAGAAAGAACAACCAGAGGCAAUGCAAGCCACCAAUCUUAACACAAUGGGACCAAAAGGAAAAGGUGGCGCCGGCGGCGGUAGUAAAUGUGGACUUUGUCUAAGUAAAAUAUUCUGUUGUCGUUCGGUCAAUAAAGUUGAUCCCACAACUGGCGAUGAGACGGAGUUCAAGAAAUGUUGCUUCUGCAUACCAUGUCGGCGCAAGCGAGAUCCAAAAAAAGCGUGGCAAUCGGCUCCCCCAGCUGCUGAUCCGGAAAUGGGCAUAAAGCCCACAGAUGCAGCUGUUCUGGAGGGAGCUUCUGAGGCUGAAGCAGGACUUUCUAUAGCCGAAAGUAAAACCAAAGAGGGCUGCUGCAAACGUUUUUGGCUCAUGUUGUUCUGCUGCCGUAAGAAGCAACGUCGUGGAACUGAAUCUCGCCGGCAGAGUAUCAGAGCACCACCGCCAAGUGAGGACACGCGACGUAAACUCCAUAACGAUCUGGUAGAGUAUACAUCGAAAAUGAAAGGAGCCAUUCCUGUUUUACCGCUCUAUUUGGCUUGGUUCUGUGCCUUCUGCAAUGUGGUCUUUCCAGGUUCAGGCACCUUGUUAUCGGGUCUGUUUUGCUUGUGUGUUGGAAUACCACGAUUCUCACAAUUCGAUAGUGCCCGGGCACGUAUUGGUUCCUUUAUUAUCAAUAUUAUUGUGGCAGUAGCUCAAUUUUUAACUGUCCUGUUUUGUUUUGUGGGCUGGGGAUGGUCUAUAUGGUGGGGAACCAUAAUGUUAAAGUGUGCAAGGAAAUUGAGCAAAAUCAAAAAAGUGGAACGUCUGGAACUGGAGGAGGAGCAGCGGCAGGCUCAAUUGGCUGCCGCAAUUGAUAAAAAUGGUGGACAUGUCGAGGCAGAGGUUGAUGCGACGAAAACUUAAAGCCUUACAUAGAAUUUUUUUAUACCAAUAAAUUGUACAUAAUUUUGUACAAAACAUGUAGCUUCCACAUUAUAACAAAAAACAAAUUGCCUACACUUCCAAUUUCACUUCCAAAGCAGGAGUAAAGUGGAAUAAAAACAAAUGUCUUUCGAAUGAUAAAUAAUAAUAUAUAGCUAAUAUUGAACAUAAUAGUAAAUCAUUAAACUUCCA